GUAGUGGCGGUAUACUUCACCAUCUAGUGUCCAGUUUGACGUCUCGUAUCGUCCAAUCCCGCCUGCUUAUACUCCAUCCUUUUAUUGAAAAUACUGGCGUCUAAACAAAAAAAUUUAAUGAAGGGAAGACAUCAGUUUCGCAGGCGCUUUAGCUUGCAACCGUCAUUUUUGAAAGAAGAACCUGACGAGGAACGACGGCAUCAUCCUAGAGUUCUCAGGUCGCAGAAGAGCGAGGAUGUGGAAUCCUUAGAAAAGAACGACAGUGUCGGGCCGGUGAGCAGCGUGCGACAUAAGAUAGUGGUAAUGGGAGCCGCUAAAGUCGGCAAGUCUUCCAUCAUCACUCAAUUCCUCUACGGAACAUUUUCGCCCAAAUAUAAACGAACGGUGGAGGAAAUGCAUCAUGGUGAUUUUAAUGUAAACGGUGUUCAUUUGACACUGGACAUACUCGACACGUCUGGAGCAUACGAAUUCCCCGCCAUGAGAGCCCUAUCCAUUUCCUCAGCUGAUGCCUUUAUUCUAGUCUAUGAUGUCACAGAUUCAUCGACUUUUGAAGAAGCUAGGACGCUUAGAGACCAAAUACAUGAGACCAAAUGUUCAAGCAACGUUCCUAUAGUCGUUGUGGGCAAUAAAAUAGACUUAACUGGAAAUAGAGAAGUUGAUACCGCCACAACGGAAUCGGUAGUGACAGUUGACUGGGAAAACGGAUUUGUCGAAGCGUCAGCUAAAGAGAACACGAAUGUUAGUAAAGUUUUUAAAGAGCUGUUAGCACAAGCAAAGGUAAAAUACAAUUUAAGUCCAGCCUUAAGACGUCGACGACGCCAGUCGCUUCCAUCACAAUCUGGACCACCACAGUCGACACCUUCACACGCCGCAAUGAUCCCCAAUCCGGUUCAACUCCAGCAUCUCCAACAGAUUCGAGACCGGCAUGGUAAAAGGAACUCCUGCAUCAUUUCUUAAGACACCGCUAACUAGUCUUUAUUCAAUUAUCUACGCGCAGUACACGUGCGACGCCCGAUUACUCCCUAUAUAUCAGUAAUAGAUUCUAACUGGUUUUGUGUUUCAUUGUACUCCAAGUGCGAGAAAGUUCGAUAGGAACUUACGAUAUGCACAACUUCAUGACGAAAACUUUACAGUUACACACAAAAAUCCUCCCUAUAUCUUGUUUAUAUUGGCCAACAAAUAUCUUUUCUUCCAAAAAUUAACAAACAUAUUUAAAUUGCAUAAAAUUGAUGCCAGAUACAGGUGAAAUUGUCUUGAACUUGACGUAUAUUUCUUUACCAACGACCGAGUAACCAAAACCAGUUAGACAAUUUAUUUACAGUUGCAAUAAUUAAGAAAAUGUUUCCUUGCUAAAACAAUUUUUAGUCCCUAAAAACCAAAUUAAAGGCAAUUAACAAUAAAAUUAUUUUUAUAUACUCUUCGCAAUAACAAAUUUGUUUAUUGCCUAAUUAAAUUUCCAACAUUUUCUUAUUUGUGUAACUAAAAUACAAGGAUAGUUGACUAAUAUUCGCAAUGCGUAAGUCUAUCAUAUGUAUUUUCAAUGUAUUAAUUUAUUGCAAUAAUUAGGCUUAAUUAAACAUUUUUAAAAGCGUUCCAAAAAGAUAUACAUCUUCUUUGAGAUUGUUUGAAACUAACCUUGUAUCAUUUACCAUUAAACUCUGAACACCAAGGGCUGAGCAUUAAUUAUAUGUGUGUCAAAACUAAUUCUUCCAUAUAUUUAAUGUCGUCGAUUACUAAUUAUGUAUAUAAGUUUAGCUGUCUUAUUGAAAAGAUCUUCGGCACUGGAAAUACGUAUCUUAGCCAGUUGGACUGACGUCAGAUCAUUUUCAAUAAUUGUGUGUAUCUUUAGAAAAUGGUAUUAUUCUUAUAGAAAAAUCUUUUUUAUAACUGUUAAUGGCAUUUUAUCAUUAAUACACGUAUAAUAUUUUUUAUAACUUAAUAUGUUCUCUCUUAGUAAUAACAUAAAAACUAAUAGGACAAUUUAAAUUUUGAAUGAAGAAAAUAAUAAAUUUAAUUGUUUCAAUUAAAUGUUUACGUUAUAACAUAUUAAACAAAAUAACUUUAAUAUAUAAUUUCACUCAUAAGACUGCCAAAAUCUUAACAAAACCAUUAAAAAUAAUAAAGAGAUCAUUGUUUAUUUAUAUAAAGUUUAUAUAGUAUAAUGUUUACAUUAUUAACUGAUACAAUUUCUUAAUAUUAAAUUGAAUGUAUAUUUCUUAGGACACCUCUUCUAGCGACGGACAUCUUUAAAUAUCCCUAUACCUUCACAUAUUUAAUAAAACUAAUAAUAGUUUUAUGUAUGAAUAAGUAUAUGUAAAUCUAAUAUAUAAAAAUGAUAUGGAAAAUUUGAAUGAAACAUCUUCUAAUUAACACAAAAUUCUACUUAAAAAUAUCAACGUCUUAUUCAAUGUCCCAAUAAAUAUUAUUUUAGUAUUUUACAUGUGCCACUUGACAAUCUGUCUGAAUUAUAUUAACAAUUAAAUAAAUAUCUGUUUAAGCUAAUAAUAUUAGUUAAUUAAAUUUAAUUUUGAUAAUGUAGGUAAAAUUAUUUCAUUAAUUGUUAUUAUGGUACAUAUAGCAUUUUUACCGUUGCUAGCAAAAAAUUGAUCCCAUCUAACUGCAACUUCAAAAUGAUUAAUUAACAUGUGCAUAUACCAUCAGUACAAAAAUAAUCAUAUCAGACAAGUAUACAAGAGAUCAAAAGAAAUUUUGAGAGGGUUAUAUAACAGAAUGCCCUAAAAAAUAAAAAAAAAACCUUAUGACUACAAAUGAUUAUGAUUUUAUUCGCCAAAAUUUAGCAUUAUGAUACUCUAAACAACCAUGGGAAACGACGUUGAUUUAUUUUGCUAAUGUGGAAAAUGCUGUCGAGAAUACGACAUUGUUAUAAUUUUUCCAGCAAAAACAAAAGAUAAUCAAGAAAAGUAUACCAAGCAACAAAAAGAACUAAUCCUCAAUGUCUCCGAAACCCUUUAAUUAAGAACCCAUUCAUUUAUACCCUUAAAUUUUGUGACAAUUUCUUUAUUUAAUCCCCUUUAGAAAAUGGCCUGUCAAUUUGACAAUCCAAACUACAAUAUUAACAACACAGUAUGUAUGGGUUUACAUAAAUUAAAAAAGGUUUUUGCUCGCAACGGUUAUUGUUUCUCAUAAAUGUCAAGAAUUUUAUUUGUAGUGUAGAUAAAUGAUGGAAACAUUGUUUAUAUCAAAUUUUGAAAUAUAAAAAGGAGUGUAAUA